AUGCCGUCCGAGAAAGUGGAAAAGAAGCGCAAGCGCGCCUCUGAUCGCCACGAACGUCCCAGCAAGAAGCCCGCGCUGGAGCUUCAAGAUCUGCCUCCGCUGGCCGCCAGUUUGGUCGAUGAACAUAGCGAGCUGGCUCCUGUUAUCGUCACCACCCCCGGCGUCAGCGCCCCCCGCAACCUGCGUCUCACGCCAUACCUCAAGACCCGCGCGAAGACCUCCUCGUCAGCAAACCGGAACAAGGGCAUUGUCUCGUCAGAACUGUUGCUGCAGUCGUCCGAACACCAGAAGUUGGAUUUCGUGGGCCGGGAGGCCGAGGAGGAUGCCGAUUCCCAGCUCAAGCACUACAUUGCCGUGGUGGAUCCCGAGAAGAAAACAUGGCAGCUGGUCGAGGUGCGCAAGCUGACGGUGCGAGGCACCGUGAGGAGGAAUAAGCUCGUGGAGGAUGAGGAAGAGAGUAGUGAGGAGGAGGAGGAAGUGAAAACCAUGCGCUCACAACGCACCGAACUCACCAACACCUUCGGUACGAAACAAUCCCGCAAGGCGGCCCAGUCCAUGGCGGAAAACGCGCAGCUGUCCAGCGCUCCUGCUGGCACCGCCAACGCGGCCGAAUCGGCCAUCCUCUCGUCCAUGCCCGUCGACGCGGCGGCCGACAUGGCCUCCAAGGCGGCGGCCGUGCAGGCGCAGGUGCAGGCCAACAAGCCCAUCCCCGUCGCCAAUCUGGACGCCACGCACCCGUCGGACGUGUACCCGAUCGACGUGCUCGUGCCCAACGGGCUGGCCACCCUCCGCCAGCUGCCGGGUAUCAAGGAAUGGGUCGACACCGUGGCCGCCGGGCUCCCCGUCUCGACCACCUCGCGCUACGUCUCCCGCCGCGUCGAGGCGGUCGUCAAGUCCGGCAACACCACCCACGUGCAGCUCCUGCGCUUCAUCCUCCUCCUGCUGGAGUUUGCCCGCUGCCUGCGCGCCGGCCGCGACCCCAAAUCCUCCUCCGGCCCCGGCAGCAAGCGCCUGCCUCCGCGCGACGAGCUCCGCCGCAUCCUCUCCUCCUCCACCGGCUCGCUCCCCACCGCCUCUUCCUCCUCCGCCUCCACCUCCGCCGCUGCCCCAUCAGCCAGCGACACCAUCCCGGACCCCGUCAUCGAUGCCAUCCGCCGCAAGUUCGCCCCGCAGGGCUCCCACCUCACCAAGCACGACCUCACCUUCCUGCACACCUCCAUCUGCGCGCUGUCGCUGCACAUCCCCCCGCAGCCCGCCAAGGACGGCGGCGCCAGCUCCCUCGGCGGCAACUCGCCCAACGAGCUGGCCACCGACCCCUCCGACCUGCGCGACGACCUGCGCCUCGACAACGCUGCCAUCCUGCAGUACUUCCGCGAGCUGGGCUGCCGCGUCGACAAGCCGCGCGAGAGCGAGUUCGCCAAGUGGGGCAUCAAGGGCGGCAAGGCCGAGGCCGCUGCCAGACGGGUCGUACGCUUGAAGGUGCCGGUCGAGUUUCCCAAGGUGAGUCGUGGGGGAAGACGAUGA